AUGAGUCACGUCCUGGAUGCCACGGCUCAGCGGCUCCUCAGUGACACUCUCAUCUGGCCUCAUCUCUGUGACCGUCAUAGCCGCACUCCUAUAAGAACACGAGAUCGGGCCUCCUUCGUUGCUCUUCUUGUGCAGUCGUGUCAUCUGGCUUCACGCUAUGCAAACGUUUCACAGGAUAGUAGCAAGACUUGCGCCUCCUACCUGGGUAGAGAAACAGGACAGCAUCCGAAUGCUGCCGCGGUCACGACAGAUCUGCAAAACGACUCCUGGUGA